AUGGAUUCGCUGCCGCAAGUUCCAGUCGGCGAUUCCCGCCGACAUGAUGACGUAAAGCAGGCCACCUGGAUCUACGAUUCGCCUCGCUUCAUCAAAGAAAACCCAUCAACAUCGACGACGCCCGCAGCGCCAGAUGUAAAAGGCUGGCAGUUCAGUGAAUUCUCCAGUGGGCACGGGAGCAGCGCGACGGCCGCAAUGGCUUACAAACCUUGUUUCUUCGUACCUCAGGUCCUACUACCACUCCUGGCUUACUGCGCGUCCCGGUAUAAUGGUUUCGCCUUCGACUUCAUCACCAUGGAUUCGCUGCCGCAAGUUCCAGUCGGCGAUUCCCGCCGACAUGAUGACGUAAAGCAGGCCACCUGGAUCUACGAUUCGCCUCGCUUCAUCAAAGAAAACCCAUCGACAUCGACGACGCCCGCAGCGCCAGAUGUAAAAGGCUGGCAGUUCAGUGAAUUCUCCAGUGGGCACGGGAGCAGCGCGACGGCCGCAAUGGCUUACAAACCUUGUUUCUUCGUACCUCAGGUCCUACUACCACUCCUGGCUUACUGCGCGUCCCGGUAUAAUGGUUUCGCCUUCGACUUCAUCACCAUGGAUUCGCUGCCGCAAGUUCCAGUCGGCGAUUCCCGCCGACAUGAUGACGUAAAGCAGGCCACCUGGAUCUACUAUUCGCCUCGCUUCAUCAAAGAAAACCCAUCGACAUCGACGACGCCCGCAGCGCCAGAUGUAAAAGGCUGGCAGUUCAGUGAAUUCUCCAGUGGGCACGGGAGCAGCGCGACGGCCGCAAUGGCUUACAAACCUUGUUUCUUCGUACCUCAGGUGGGUAUCCACAUUCCUUUGAACCUAAAAAACAAAAACAAACGUUUGCUAUUGCUGUUCCCGAGCCCACGGGUGUUUCUUAGUGUGAUAUUGGAGUGUUCCUGUGAAGAGUGCAAAACCAUGACCACAGAAGAGGAGAGCAUGUGCUGCCAGGAGGUGGUAGAAAUCGUAAAAAAAUUGAAAAAUAACAAAUGUGUGACGAAGAAGGCAAUAUUUAAACAAGCCUGCCUCAACAAGACUCUGCUCGACAUCGCCUUGGCAAGCAGGAGGCACGACGGGUACAGACCCUGUUAUCCGAAAGACAGGCAGAUGCGAAACAUUGCAUACAGGCAGUUUGCACUCCUAACAUGGAAGCGCCUCGGCAAGGGGAAUAGACGGAUCCUUCCAAGCUGUGUCGUCAACAAGAUCCGAACGAAGUUCCCAUCAAAGGACCAAGCUUACACCGGGUUUCGGCAUGUGUACUAA